AUGAGUGACAUUUCAUCAAAUCGUCCAACCUUAAAAAUUAUUCUAGUAGGAGACACGCCAGUUGGCAAGACAUGCUUGAUAUCCUCGUUUUUUAGACAACCUUUCGACUUCCAAUCUUCACCAACAGUAGCUCCUUCAUAUUCUUGUGCUGAAAUACCCCGUACAGAUGGAGAAAUAGUAUGCUUACAGAUAUGGGAUACAGCUGGACAAGAAAGAUACCACGCAGUUGGUAAACUAUUUUACAGAGAUUCUGAUGUAGCUUUAGUUUGCUAUGAUCCAUCAUCAAACCAAGAUUUAAGUAACGUUACGACAUGGGUCGAAAGUGUACGUGAUGAGGUUCCUAGUGUAAACAUUAUUUUGGUUUUAACCAAAGCAGAUUUACUCAAAGAAGAUCAAUUGAAAGAAUAUACAAUCAAAGGAGAAAAUCUCGCUAAGAGCCUUGGUGCAAAACAUCAUUUUGUUACUUCAUCCAUUACAAAUGUCGGAAUUAAGGAUGUUUUUAUGACAUGCGCUAAUAUUGUGGAUAUAUCGAAUUUGAUCGAACCACAACCUAUCCCAGAGGCAAAUGAACAAAAAUCUGGAUGUUGUUAA